AUGGACGCCGUAGCCUCGAACCUCACCAACCCGUUGUCUACCGGGCAGUCGGAGUUUAUGACAGCGCCUACUGGUAGGACAUUCUAUCUAGGAACAUCAUCCAACUGGUCCUUCACCCGACGAGUUCUCAACAUCACACAUCAAUACGUUCACAAGACUCCGCUUCCCACAAGCGCCCUCAUAUUCGAUGCCGCCGCCUACACCCUCGAUUGGGAUGGAUACAGAACUGGCGAAGGCCCGGAGAUGCCGGCGCUCCCAACACAAGACUACGCCAUCUAUCUGGUCAACGCUGUGAAGUUUCACUGCAGUCAGAUGUUCCACCUCUUCGACGAGGAGUCUUUCAUGAAGUCUCUUUAUCACUUUUACACCGACCCAAAUCCUAGGGGCGACCCUACAGAUCUCUGGUUCAUUCAUUUCCUUUUAAUACUUGCCUUCGGGAAGGCGUUUACCACGAAAGCGAACAGGAGUCGGAAGCCUCCAGGUCAUGAUUAUUUUAUCAAGGCCGUUCAGCUUCUCCCUGAUCUGAGCGUGCUGCUGAAGCAGUCCGUUCUCUCAACCGAGAUUCUUUGCUGUAUUGCUCUUUACAUGCAAUGCGUGGACUUUCGACAUGCGUCUCACAACUUCAUCGGCCAGGCCAUCCGGAUGGCGCUGGGCGAGGGCAUGCACACAGACAUGCCUGCUCAACAACUAGGAGAAGCGCAUGUUGAGCGAUGCCGAAGAUUAUGGUACACGGUUCAUAUUCUGGAUAGGGAGAUGACCUCCUUAUUCGGUCUACCACCGUCGAUUCACGACGACUAUGUCUUAUGUCGACUUCCGACGUAUCCUGGCUCAGCGCAGCGCACACUAGCACUGCGUAUGCGCAUAAAGCUAUCCGAAGUGAUUGGCAGCAUCAACAGAAGGGUAUAUGGACGUGACGGCAGACUGAACAACAAGUUUAUGCUUGGAACCAAGACCGUAUUGGAGAGCAUAGCGCAGCUCUCAAAUGAGCUUCAACAAUCGUUUUCACUCCCACUUGAGAGGGACACAAGCUGCAUUUCUCGCACCUCUGCCCACUUACAUCUGCUUCACCACCAGUGCAUCGUACUUGCCACAAGACCUCUACUCUUUUGUUUCUUGAAGAUUCGAUUCGAAUCAGAAGCCAAGUGCGCCGAGCUACUUGGUGCAUCUCAAACAGUCCGCAACUUGAUUCAAAUGUGCAUGGACUCUUCGCAACAGAUGAUUGCCAUCUUGGACUGCCUCCAGUCACAAGGUCUUUUGGAAACAUUCCUCCCGUUUGACUUAGAGGCGAUCUUCGUCUCUGCGGGGAGUCUCCUCCUAGGCCCCGCCAUCGACCCACAGACCUUUGACAACUUGUCGCCCUCUCUCGAGAAGGCAUAUGCCGUCUUUGACGAGAUGGUUGCCGCCGGAAACGCGGUAGCUAAUUUCCAGAAGGCCGAGCUGCAGCAACUGGAAAUCAUGCUGAACCAGUUGACUCCAUGCGCCCCGCUGUCAGAGCAAAUGCUGGUCGGUGAAGCCAGCGAAGCGCAGCAAACACAACCACAGCAGCAACUUUCUGAUGAUACGAGCCCUCACGAUACAGUAAUAUCAUCUUUAACGACGGACUUGUCUCAAAAUGAUAGCUACACGUCAUCUAUACCAGGAAAUCUGGAGGAGAUGACGUUCGAUAGCGGACUGACCAUGACGCAAUUGUUGGAUAUGGCAAAUUCCAUUGAACAUGAGGAUACGGAGUGGAUGUCGCAAACGAUAGUUGAGCAUAGUAUUUGGUAG